CAGUGAUUCCUACGAUUUAGUGCGGAGUGAGUUUGAUCUGUGUUUUGCUUCUGUCUGGGUCGAUAUUCUAAUUCAAGUUUAAACCCCUACGCGAUGAGUUCCGCUCCGCUGAAAACCAUACCCGAAACAUUUGCCGGUGCGGAUGUGUUCAUCACCGGUGGUUCUGGUUUCAUGGGUAAAGUGUUGAUCGAGAAACUGCUCAGAUCAUGCCCAGGAAUCAACCAAGUGUUUGUGCUGAUACGCCCCAAAAAGGGGAAGACUCCCGAGGAGCGAAUUGAUGAGUUGGUUCAAAUUCCGCUAUUCGAUGUGCUGCGAAAGACGCGUCCAGAGGAUUUACGGAAAAUCAUCCCAAUCAGUGGAGACUGUUCCGUACUGAAGCUGGAUCUUGACGAAACGAGUCUCAAACGGUUGGAGAAUGUACAAUUUGUUUUCCACGCUGCCGCCAGCGUGAGAUUUGAUGACCCCCUGGCGAAGGCCAUCCUGCUGAAUACGCGUGGAACACGAGAGGUUUGUCGGUGGGCUGAGACGUUGAAAAACCUGAAGGCCAUCGUACAUAUUUCUACGACUUUCUGUAAUCCGGAAAUAUUCGAUGUCGAGGAACGGAUAUACCCGGCCAAAAUGGAUUGGCGAAAAGCGAUUGAGAUUGCUGAAAAUGUAGACCCAGAAACGUUGGAGAUAUUGUCGCAAAAAUUAACCGGUUUCGCUCCAAACACGUACACUUACACGAAAGCCCUGGCGGAACAGAUUUGUAGCGACUACCAUAAGACACUCCCAAUUGUCGUCUAUCGGCCAUCGGUUGUGUCGUCUGCCGAGAAGGAACCACUUGUCGGAUGGAUCGAUAAUCUGAACGGACCGUUUGGUUUGUUACUAGGUUGCGCCACCGGAAUCGUACGCACCACUAACCUUGACCUGAACCUAUCAAUGAACUGGAUGCCAGUGGACGUCAGCAUCAAGGGCGCCAUUAUAACAGCCUGGAAGCAGUCCCUAGUACCAAGCAGUGAGCUAAUGGUUUACAAUAACGCAGUUGAGCAGCACAAAACCAUCACCCAUAGAUUUCUGAUGGAAGCGGGCAGCUCCAUUUGCCUUCGUGUGCCAAUGUCUAAAACGUUGUGGUUCCCGGGAGUCAACGCUACGAAAUGCAAGUACUGGUUCUACACACUUUUCUUUUGGUUGCAAAUUGUACCAUCUGUUCUCGUCGAUCUGUUACUGAAAUUAACGGGUAAACAACCAAUCCUGAUGAAGCUUCAAAGGAAAAUUUUCUAUGCGCAAAUCUCAAUGGCAUACUUUGGCAAAAAUGAUUGGGUUUUCAAAAACAACAAUUACAGAAGUCUGGGACAGGAUCUAGAGAAAGCGGAUAAGGAUAACUUCGACAUCAAUUGCAUGUGUGAUGGUUUGUACCAAUAUGUAUACAGAAGCACAUUGGGCGGACGCCAAUACAUAAUGAACGAACCGGACGACACACUUCCCUAUGCGACGACGAGGGCCAGAAGACUUCAGGUGGCCAACACAAUCCUUAAAUACUUGUUCUAUUUCUCGCUUUUGUAUCUUAUAUAUAAGCGUUUCUUGAUUGUUGGCUGAAAAAUUAUCAAUAAUGGUUAUAUUUGUUGGACGUAGCAGACCAUGGGUAAUCCCAUGCUGGCUCAAAUGUGUAACUUCCCGGCUGUUCGCGAAUCUAUUUAAUGUUCAUCCCUAUCCUAACCCCAAUCCAAAUCACUGCCUCCCGUUCUACAUGCAAUGUGUGGUGCACGACACAUCUGCAACCAGUACAGUAACCCGAGCAUAAGCAUAAGCGCAUACGAACUAAAGUGUAGAUAUAAUGCAAAUGAAUCCCACCCAUACUAAAGGGUGUGUCACAUCAAAUUGCAUCACGGAAAAAACGCUGUAGAAAUUCGCCCAGUAGACCGAUCCUUUUGAAAAUUUUAGACAGUAAAAUAAAAACUAUUAAACAACUUUUGGCAUUUUCUUUUUAUUCAUACUUCGAGCCCAAGCCCGUAUGCUCGCACCUUCCUCUUUACCCCGUCCAUAAGGUUCUGUACAACGUCAGGUUGUAGUUUUUUUUAACGUAAAUCCAUUUUCUCUUGAAGUCUCCUCCGAUUUGACAACUUUUGGGUUCUUCCGGAGUGCCUGCUUCAUAAUCGCCCAAUAUUUCUCUAUUGGGCGAAGCUCCGGCGAGUUGGGCGGGUUCAUUUCCUUUGGCACGAAGGUGACCCCGUUGGCUUCGUACCACUCCAACACGUCCUUUGAAUAAUGGCACGAAGCGAGAUCCGGCCAGAAGAUGGUCGGGCCCUCGUGCUGCUUCAAUAGAGGUAUUAAGCGCUUCUGUAGGCACUCCUUAAGGUAAACCUGCCCGUUUACCGUGCCGGUCAUCACGAAGGGGGCGCUCCGCUUUCUGCAAGAGCAGAUCGCUUGCCACACCAUGUACUUUUUGGAAAACUUGGAUAGUUUCUGCUUGCGAAUCUCCUCCGGAACGCUUAAUUUGUCCUCUGCGGAGAAGAACAACAGGCCCGGCAGCUGACGAAAGUCCGCUUUGACGUAGGUUUCGUCGUCCAUUACCAGACAAUGCGGCUUCGUCAGCAUUUCGGUGUACAGCUUCCGGGCUCGCGUCUUCCCUACCAUGUUUUGCCUUUCGUCGCGGUUAGGAGCCUUCUGAACCUUAUAUGUACGCAGGCCCUCCCGCUGCUUGGUCCGCUGGACGAAUGAACUUGACAAAUUCAGCUUAUUGGCGACAUCCCGGACCGAACUUCUCGGAUCACGUCUAAAGUGCUUAACUACGCGCUUGUGAUCUUUUUCACUGACGGAGCAUCAAUUGGUUAGGUUCUCGAAGUAUCGAUUUAGUACUCUGCUGACCGUGGAUUGGAUGAUUCCCAGCAUCUUACCGAUGUCCCGAUGUGACAACUCCGGAUUCUCGAAAUGAGUGCACAGGAUUAAUUCACGACGCUCUUUUUCGUUCGAUGACAUUUUUCCAAAUUUACGAAAAAUUGACAGUGAAACAUGGCCAACGUGAUCUAUACACUCUUAUCUGAUUAUAAGCGAAAGCUGAAGAUAUAAUUCCUAAAAAUUAAAUUUCUACAGCGUUUUUUCCGUGAUGCAAUUUGAUGUGACACACCCUUUAUAUCCAUUUCAAUUUUUCAAUGUUUUACAUCGCGUAAAUAAAU